AUGAUGAUACCCUGCAAGUACUUCUUAACUGCUACCGGGUGCGGUCGUGGCAGUACUUGUCAAUACAGCCAUGAUACAACCAUCACAAAACACAUGCCUGAUUUAAUUCUUUCGUUGAUCUCAAACGACGAAAAUCAACCUCCUGGUCAGAAUUCACGUCCUAUAGCAACAAAACUUAUCGCUUGUAGGUUUCUUGCGAAAGGUCAUUGUCAGAAGGGUGAAGACUGUCCUUUUAGCCAUGGAAUUGAGCCAGCAACUCCGUCGCAAAAACCAUCUGCCACUCCACUCUGUAGCUUUUUUGCAAGAGGAAGAUGUCAAAGGGGUAACAACUGUCCUUUCAGCCAUGAGAUUGAAGUGAAAGCUUCUUCACAAACUCCUGUCCGCCCAACCUGCAUUUUUUUUGCCAGAGGAAAGUGUACAAAGGGAAGCGAUUGCCUUUACCUACAUAAUCCAAUUGAGCCCGAUAACAACGAAACCAAGCCUCCAGAUACGCAACAUACCAAGAAGACUUAUACAUUUUCUUCCACCGCCAUCGAUACAUCAUCUGCUGUUCUAGAUGUACCAUCUGCAGUCACUAAGAAUUAUGAUAAUGUACCAAAAGGUAUGAUUGCACGAGCAAUCUCUGGAGCCUUGACAAUAUUUGAAGAUGGAGGAAAAGUCUACAAAAUUUCGGUUCCGUCUGACUUUACAACUAUCCGAAUCACCGGCUUGCCACAGGAUACCAACAUCGAGUACAUUGAGACAAUGCUAGCUAGACUCGACCUUGGCACACAUGGAACUUGCAUUCGAAUUACUAGCAUUGGUACUCCGCCCUCCGUCCUUGCCUACCUGCGAAUUGAAGAUUCCACCGUCGGCUCGAUUUUAAGCGAAAAAUUGGAAUCCGGUUGGAGAAGAUUUAAGAUGUACUCCGAAUUAAAGGCGAGCCCAGUCCCUACAAGUUUAUUUCCUGUCUCUGGAUUUUCAAGUGAAUUCGACUUCCAUGAAGUGUUUUUGACUUGGUAUCGAUCUUCUAAGAUGGCCGUCCUGAAAUAUGCAAAUGAGGACGUCGCCAAUAUGAUAUGCAACAACUUCAACAACGGCUACUACAGAGUUGUGGGCAAACAUUUAGCUUGCGAUUCGCCUAUUAUCUCCCACAUCUUGACUGAUAAAAAAUACAGAUUCCUAUGUAUCUUGAAGAAUGUACCGGUGUUUGCAGACAAAGAGGACAUCUUAGGUGCGAUGGAUGAGAAAUACAGACCAGAUGAAUUGGAAAUUGGCAGACCGAGCUAUGAAGCAUCUGACGAAGUAUCUCGUGAAUAUGUCAGGAAAUUAAGCUCAGCCAUUGGCCCCGUAGAGUCUUGGGAUCCUGUUCAAGAUCCGGCAGCUAAGAGAGUUAAAGUAAGGGUACGAUUUCAAGACGAGUCAGAUGCCCGAGAGGCGAUUGCACAAUUAAACAAUAGAAACAUUGAAAUAUUGGGGAAGGGAAAAAUCAUGGCUCAACAGAUCAUUUCGACUCGUUUUAAGGUUGUCACAAAGAUAUACUCUGCUGUACAAUCGCAAGUUGAAGAUGAAAAGAAGUCACUGAUAGGGCAGAGAAUUACCAUCAGGGCAUACCCAAGCACUGAUGUCGCAAAGAAGUUCACAACUUUAAAGAUUGACGGGGAGCCCGGAGAGAACUUUACCAACGCCAAAAAUAAGCUGGAGAAGAUAUUGAUCGGUACAGUGGCUCUGGUAGGGGGUAAGCCAGUUUGGAAUGACUACUUCAUGCAACCAAUUGGAUUGAUAAAGAUCAAGAGAGUUGCAGACGAUUAUAACGUUGUUAUUGAUCGAGACAGAACAAGACAACAACUUCGGCUUUAUGGUUUACCCAGAGAUAUCGACAGCGCUCAACACACACUUCACAGAAUUGUCACAUCAGAAGUAGAAGGUUAUGCUAUUAAGCUCACUCCAAGUGACUUUUCGUGGGUAGCAGGUGGCGGAUUUGAUCAAAUAGUAUCAGUUCUUGGAAAAGAUGUUGCUUCGAUUGAUAUAUUGUCGAAUCCAAAAAAGAUCUUACUUACUGGUAAUCCUAAGAACUACCACACUGCCAUGGCAGUCUUAAAGUCCAGGAGUACUGCUGCUGGCAGGAUUGACAAGAUGGAAACAGGUGAAGACAAAGACGACUGCAGCGUUUGCUGGUGUCCUGCUGAGUAUCCAGUCCGCACCAACUGUGGCCAUUUGUAUUGUCUUCAAUGCUUUGAGCAUCUCUGCUCCUUGACCAUACCAAGCGACCAAGAGCUAUCCAUCAAUUGUAAGGCUAUUGGAUGCGAUGUCGUCCUCUCCCUACAAGAGAUUGAGCAAAAUCUACCAUCCAAAAGUUUUGAGGAGCUACUUAAUGCAUCGUUCACUUCGUACAUUCGUCAUCAUCGCAAUAAUUUUCAUUAUUGUCCAACUGAAGACUGUGAACAAGUCUACCGGGUCAACAUUCCCACCAAAUCCCGCACUUGUGCCAAAUGUCUCGUUGAGACUUGUAUCCCAUGCCAUGCGUCUCAUCAAGGCCAAACGUGUGCAGACUACAAAAAUAAGAAGUAUGUUAGAGCUGAAGCACAUGUCAAGGAUGAAGAAAAAUGUGCUAAUCAUUUGAGCAUCAAAAAUGAAGAUUUGGGACUUAAGCUUGAGAAAGGUGUUGAAGAGGACUUGGUCAAGUUUCAUGUUCCUAAAGUAAAACGGGAAAUGGGGUUCCACGGUACUCAAAUGCUCGAACGAAUCCAGCAGGAGCUUGGUGGAUGGUAA